AUGCCCCGAAAACUACCUUGGCAACGCACACCCAAUGAGCCUGUCAAGAACGAAGAAACCCCAAGAAAGCGCGUCAAGAUCGAAUCCAAGCCUGAUCGCGAUAUCAAACCCGGAAGUCUUACGAGCUCGCCAACGAAGCGCGAUUUCUUCAAAUCUUCCCAGUCCCCGCCAACAAGCCCCGCGAAACAGUGUCCUCCCGAAGAAUUUCUACUACCAGGACUUGAUCGCGAUGAUGGAUGGGUCAUGGUCGAGGACGAGUUCUACGCGGUUGCACAAACUUACACCCAACACCUACACUAUGCAGAAUACAUCAGACGAAGAAAGGAAGUGAAAGAGAACCAUGGAUCCCUUUCCGAAGACAUAGAGAGGCCUACAGACGACCGGACUCUGCUCCCAAAGAGUGUUGAAAGGCAAAGAGAGCUUGAGGCUCUCCGGAAGCGACAAAAUGCCGGGCUGGCGCAGCUUGCGGAUGAACGGUCGAAUGAAGUUGUUGAGGACGACGAUGAUCUAUGGGCUGGUACGCACCUGCAUGAUCUUAUGACAAGCCCUCGCAAAUCCCGCUCUCUGGCUGGCAUUCAAAAUCUCAGAUCAUCUAGUCGAGCCGCGGCAGGGUUCGGACAAGCUCUUGGGACGCGAGCCCGUGUCAACAGCAUUGGCAGCUUCACGACGGAAAAGAAGCGCCCGGAGACUGAGACGAUUGAAAUAGACGAAGAAACGGCAUCGGACUCAGAUGAUGAUCUAGACCUUGAGGGGCCCUCCCCCAUGGCACCACCUCCCAAGAAGGCUCAAGCCACGAUGAUCUCCGGAGAAACGCCUCGAGUUUGCCAUAAAUCGCAGCUACGAACUACGCCUACUCCAAAAGUCGAGCCUACAUCACCCAGGGGACGGUCCGGUCAAACACCGGCGUUCAGAUCAAGAAUUCAAUCGCUUUUUGAUGAUCUCGAUGACCUACCAGAGACAUCGCAAAUCAAUGACCAUACCGUGAAAUCCCAAAAGACCCCCACGAACCAGCGACCGGGCACAUACAAUAGAAACAAUGCGGAUCCAAACAAAUCCAGACACAACGAAGUGCCCAUAUUCCUGGGAUAG